AGUUGAAGUUCCGGGGUAAACAAAGGCAGUUCACGCUCGGUGCCGUUCAGCGGCGUGACGGGCACCCGUCGGAAGAACGUUUUGCCAGCUUGUACGUUGUGCCGCAAAGAGAAAGUUGUUUAGCAACUGCUUUUCGCUUCCUAAUUUUGCGUUAAAAAACUGUUCCACGCUGGCAGCGUAUGAGGUGUAAAACGACAUUCCUUGCGGAGCAGCCAGGUAUUUCGUGUUGAACUAGUUUGUUUUCCCCAAGAAAAUGUACUAAAUUAAUCAGCCUAGCCAAGUGGCACUGUUCGAUUAUCGUUUUCAUACAAUACUUUUUAGUUUAAAGAAUAAGUACUUCAGCAGAAUUGCGAAAACUAGCGUGUGCAUCACACCGAACAAUCCAGCUAUGGGGGGCCAUAGGUACGAGGAGGAACUGUCCCUUUACGAUCCUUCGCUACUAUUGGGUUUGGAUUUUUUCCGCUCGCCUGCCGGCUUCAACCCACGCAUAUCGGCAGCCGUGCCGGGAGAAACAUGGCUGAAAGUCAGACCACUCCAAACCGGUGACUAUAAUCGGGGAUUUCUCCAAAUUUUGUCGCAACUUACUAAAGUUGGCGAUGUAUCGCUAACGCAGUUUUUAAAUCGCUUUGCACAAAUGCGAGCAAGCGGUGAUUACUAUGUGACGGUCAUAGUGGACACCAGGCACGAUAAAAUUAUCGGCAGUGCAACACUGGUACUUGAACGUAAGUUUAUUCACGGAUGUGGUACUAGAGGCCGCCUGGAGGAUGUGGUCGUUGACGAUACGUAUCGCGGGAAGCAGCUCGGUAAACUUAUUGUCGUCACCGUAACCCUCCUAGCCGAACAGUUGGGUUGCUAUAAAAUGUCCCUGGAUUGCAAAGAUAAGUUGAUUCCUUUCUACAAAUCGAUUGGAUACGCACUGGAACCGGGCAAUGCAAAUACGAUGAACAUACGUUAUGAAAACGGCACGAUCAGUGCCAAUCGUACCGGGGCUAACUGCAAGCCGGACGAUACGGAACCAUCCUGACAAUUAGCCACCAGUGCUGCUACUACUAGUAAAUCCAAGCUAUAGACUUGCACCUAGCGUACGUUGAAAAGAAGCAUUUCACAUGUGAUUCUGUCGCUUGCGUUUGUUUCUUUCCGUAGCCCGCAAUUUGCCUAGCUUACCCACGCAAAAUUAUGUUGAAGCUUUUAUUUUGCAAUUGGAUUUACUAUGUCUUAUCGGGGGAGCCUGGUGUUGCUUGACUUCGAAUGUACGUGUGAAAUUCAAUUUCUUUCAUACUUUCGAUGACGUGCAACAUAUGCCCCCGUAGCAGCAUCUGGUACAUAAUCGGAUUUUUUUAAAAUUGUUUAUUAUUUUACUUAAUGUAUGUAUGAUUUAAU